AUGGACGAAGUUAAUAGCAUAGAAAGUUCACAAGAAGUGUCAAAUGCUGAAUCCCCUCUUUGGGUUAAGGCUCAUUUAUUACAAAUUUCUGGCAAAGGUAUUAGAGCAUGUCGUAAUGUGUCAAAGAGCCAUAGGUUGGAAAUGCAGCGAAUGCAUGAUCAAGUUGAGGCUAAUAAGUUAGAGCAAGAACAGAGAAAUCAUAUUCCCUUACCCCCACCUCCCCCAGGCCGUGGGAUACCUAUUUCCCCAUUUCGGAGACAAGAAGGGAGUGAUAGUAGUCAUAGUACAAAUUCGGUUGAUGCUAAGAGGAGGAAGGUGACUAUGAAUACUACUUUGGAGAAAGCAUUUCAGAAUAAUGCUAGACAUGAUUUAGAUAGUAGAAUUGCUAGGAUGUUUUACACCGGUGGGCUUCCAUUUAACUUUGAAAGGAACCCACAUUAUCGUAGUUCCUAUGCAUUUGCUGCUACUCAUAGCAUUCCGGGUUAUCUUCCUCCUGGAUAUAAUGCUUUGAGAACAACACUUUUGCAAAAGGAAAGAGCUCAUGUUGAAAGACUCUUGAAACCAAUUAAGGACUUUUGGCUUGAAAAUGGUGUAAGUAUAGUUUCUGAUGGAUGGUCAGAUCCACAAAGGAGGCCUCUUAUUAAUAUUAUGGCUGUAUCAGAUGGGGGUCCAGUGUUUAUAAAGGCAAUUGAUGGGUCAGGUGAGUUCAAAGAUAAGCAUUACAUUGCUGGGGUGUUGAAGGAUGCUAUAAAAGAGAUUGGACAUGAAAAAGUUGUCCAAGUCAUCACUGAUAAUGCAAAUGUGAUGAAGGCUGCUGGAGCUCUUAUUGAGGGUGAGUAUCCUAAAAUAUUUUGGACACCUUGUGUUGUCCACACUCUCAAUCUAGCUUUGAAGAAUAUUUGUGCAGCAAAAAACACUGAAAAGAAUGAAGUUACAUAUGAGGAAUUUGCUGAUACUAGAUUUGCUUCGGUGGUUGUAACGUUGAAAAGGUUGAAGUUGAUAAAAAGAUGCCUUCAAGCCAUGGCUAUUAGUGACCAAUGGGCUUCUUAUAGGGAGGAUGAUGUUGGAAAAGCUCAAAAGGUGAAAGAUAUGAUUCUAAGUGAUCUUUGGUGGGAUAAUAUUGAUUAUAUCCUUGAAUUCACGGUACCCAUUUAUGAUAUGCUACGAAUAGCCGACACAGAUAAGCCUUGUCUUCAUCUUGUGUAUGAGAUGUGA